UUAGGGAAAAUAAAGCCAAACAARMUCAGURCUCUKCURUUGCAGUAAUAUGAACAUUUUGACAAAACAUUUGUACUACAACUCCCAGCAUGCCCUUAAAUCCAUCAGAGGUCAUGUCAAAACCAGGCACGUGAUGUGUCAGUGCCGCAUGUACACAGCUCAAAUGUGUUUGUUUACUUCUCGCAGGACGUAAUUUACAGUUUUUCAACAUAAAACGGGAUUUGACCAAAUGAUGGAGGUUGAAACUGCCAGACCAUACUUCUUUGGAGACAUAGGCUGCUGGUCGGAGAGGACCGAGGUGCACAAGGCGGCCUCCGAGGGACAUGCUGCCCAGCUGCAGAAACUCAUCCAGAGCGGAGCCUCCGUCAACAUAGUGGCUGUGGACUCUAUCACCCCCCUCCAUGAGGCAUGUGAAAGGGGGCAGACCCAGUGUGUCAGGCUGCUACUGGAUGCUGGAGCACAGGUGGAUGCCCGUAACACGGAUGGUAGCACCCCUCUGUGUGAGGCCUGCUCGGUCGGGAGCUUUGACUGUGUACGGAUGCUGCUGGAGCAUGGGGCCAAYGUGAACCCCACCCUCUCUUCCCGGACCACCUCACCCCUACACGAAGCCUGCAUGGGGGGUAAUGCUGAUGUUGUGAAGAUCAUGAUCGCUAAAGGUGCCAGUCUGGAGGCAUAUGACCUGUACUAUGGGACCCCACUUCAUGUGGCWUGUGCCAACGACCACACAGACUGUGUCAAGGCACUACUCAACGCAGGUGCCAAAGUGAAUUAUGCUCGGCUGCACAAGACGGCCCUGCACCAUGCUGCUAAAGUGAAGAGUGCAGACAUGAUCGACAUGCUGGUGGAGUUUGGGGCGAACAUCUACGCCAAAGACAAAAACGAUAAGAAGCCCAUUGACUACAUCGAACCCGGUUCUCCUGCUGCACUCUGCUUAGAGUUUUAUGAAAGUAAGUCAGUGUGAGAGAGAUUUUUAAACUACACUUACCAGUUAUAAGCAAUAGACAUGUACCCAUAUGUUUUUUGUGGAUUUCUAAGCAAUGUCACAAUGUCACCAGUAGGUGGUGCCCAUUGCUAAUUUUUCAGGAUCAAAAGUUACAGGUAGUGGAAAAGUAAAAAAGAAUUAAAAUAAUAACUUGAUAAUGUUGAACCCAUCAAAAACAGCUGUUUGAACACUUCUUAAUUGGUACACAAUACUCGGGUCAAGGUAGAUUUAAUUUCUUCCUGGCACGGGCCUCCUUUUUUUAUGGGCCUAAUUAUAGAAUGACAUAUAAAGUAGCAUCCAUAUUAAUUUCAAAUCGAAUCAAACUUUAUUUGUCACAUGCGCCGWGUACAACA